CUCAAGUGAUGCAUCCGCCUCGGCCUCCCAAAGUGCUGGGAUUACAGGCGUGAGCCACCGCGCCUGGCCUCGCCCAUCAGUUCUAAGUCCGUGGGAACUUUGCAGGUCUACGCCUCGCAUCCUUCUCCGCCCUUCCUCCCAUAGUUUCUCCCGCGGCCUCGGUCCCUCCCUGGCCACUGUCCUCAGUCCUCAUUGGUCCCUUAUCUCCCCAGUAACCAGACCACAACACUGAGCUUGGAGCACCAAGAACAGAAGCCCCACCUUCUUUGGCCAGGAUGCCUUUGGGACGCUUGUCAGGGAGCGCCCGCUCCGAGGAGGGAAGCGAGGCCUUUCUGGAGGGAAUGGUGGAUUGGGAGCUGAGUAGGCUGCAGCGCCAAUGCAAGGUGAUGGAAGGGGAGAGGCGGGCCUACAGCAAGGAAGUCCACCAGCGCAUCAACAAGCAACUCGAGGAGAUCCGGCGCUUGGAGGAGGUACGGGGCAAUCUCCAGGUGCAGAUCAGCGCAGCCCAGAACCAGGUCAAGCGGCUUCGGGACAGCGAGCGACUGGAGAACAUCGACCGCCUGCUGAAGGGCCGGGCCCAGGUGCAGGCCGAGAUCGAGGAGCUGCAGGAGCAGACCAGGGCCCUGGACAAGCAGAUCCAGGAGUGGGAGACACGGAUCUUUACCCACAGUAAGAAUGUCAGGUCCUCGGGAUUCGUCCUGGAUCAGAAGGUCAAGAUCGUGCGAAGGAUCAGGAUCCUAGAAGACCAGUUGGACAGGGUCACCUGUCACUUUGACAACCAGCUGGUGCGGAACGCGGCCCUGCGGGAGGAGCUGGAUCUGCUGCGGAUCGACAGGAACCGCUAUCUGAACGUGGACCGCAAGCUGAAGAAGGAGAUCCACCGCCUGCGGCACCUGGUCAGCUCCCUUAUCCUCUCCUCCACCUCUGCCUACGCGGUCAGGGAGGAGGCGAAGGCCAAGAUGGGCUUGCUGCGGGAGCGCGCGGAGAAGGAGGAGGCCCAGAGUGAGACGGAGGCGCAGGUGCUGCAGCGGCAGAUCUCACACCUGGAACAGCUGCACCGCUUCCUCAAGCUCAAAAACAACGACCGGCAGCCAGAUUCCGAUGUCCUGGAGAAGCGUGAAAAGCAGGCCCGGGAGGUGGCCGAGGGCGUCCGGAAGACCUCCCAGGAGAGGCUGGUGCUUCGCUACGAGGACGCCCUGAAUAAACUGUCCCAGCUGAUGGGGGAGAGCGACCCCGACCUGUUGGUGCAGAAGUAUUUGGAGAUCGAGGAGCGCAACUUUGCUGAGUUCAACUUCAUCAAUGAGCAGAACUUGGAGCUGGAGCAUGUGCAGGAAGAGAUCAAGGAGAUUCAGGAGGCAUUGGUGAGUGCACGUACCAGCAAGGAUGACCGGCAUUUGCUGCAGGAGCAGCAGCUGAAUGCGUUGCAGCAGCGCAUGGACAAGGUGCGCUUGGAGGCUGAGCGCCUUGAGGCCCGCUUCCAGGAUGUGCGGGGACAGCUGGAGAAGCUCAAGGCUGACAUCCAGCUCCUCUUCACCAAGGCCCGUUGCGACAGCAGCAUGAUCAAUGACCUACUUGGGGUCAAGACCGGCAUGGCGGACCGGGACAUGGGCCUCUUCCUGAGCCUCAUCGAGAAGCGGCUGGUGGAGCUCCUCACAGUGCAGGCCUUCCUGGAUGCCCAGAGCCUCACCUCCCUGGCUGACGCCGCCCUCCUGGCGCUGGGCCAGAGCCUGGAGGACCUUCCGAAGAAGAUGGCCCCACUUCAGCCCCCUGACAAUCUAGAAGACCCCCCAGGUUUUGAGGCCAGCGAUGACUACCCCAUGAGCAGGGAGGAGCUGCUGAGCCAAGUGGAGAAGCUGGUGGAGCUCCAGGAGCAGGCAGAGGCGCAGCACCAGAAGGACCUGGCCGACGCCACCGCGAAGCUGGACGGCACCCUGAGCGCGGACCUGGCCAGCACCCAGAGGCCUGGCUCCAGUACCGUCCUGGUGCCCACCAGGCAAUCCCAUACCAUCCCUGGGUCCAUCUUGAGCCACAAGACUAGCAGAGACCGUGGCUCUCUUGGCCGCGUCACUUUUGGUCCCCUCAAAUCCAGCCCAGGGCAUUUGCCCAGUCACGUCACGCACGGUGACCCCAGCACUGGCCACGUGACCUUCGGCUCCACCAGUGCCUCGAGUGGGGGCCACGUGACCUUCAGACCUGUCAGCACCAGCAGCUACCUGGGCUCCACUGGAUACGUGGGGUCCAGCAGCGGCGGAGAAAACACAGAGGGUGGUGUGGAGAGCGGAGGCACAGCGUCUGAUUCCAGCGGAGGCCCCGGGUCCAGCAGAGGCCACGUCUCCAGCACCGGCCCUGCCUCCAGCACUGGCCCUGGCUCCUCCACCAGCAAAGACUCCCGGGGCUAACACGAGGGGCCUGCAGUCCCCACCCUGCCCUGGCUCUCUGUAGGGGUCUUUUUUUGUGUCUCUACUUCCCUGUUUGCCUUGUGGGUCCCUGUCUUUUUCUCCCAGUCCCAGGCCUCUGUCUUUUUGCCCCUCUAACUGUUUUCAUCUGCCCUUCAUCACCGCCUCACCUCUGUCUCCUGGUUCCUUUCUCUCUGCUCCUGACCCUGCUUUUCCCUCUGCCUCCCGAUCUGCUGCUCUCUCGGCUUCCCAGUCAGUGUCCGUCCUUCUUGUCUCCAUAUCUGCCUCUUCCCUGUCUGCUGAGCCCUGACCCCCUGUGGAUUCCCCACCUUCUGUUGCUGGCUCUCUCUCCUCAUCUCCAUCUCCCAGGCUCUGCAUACAUCCUGUGUCCCUCUGUCUGCAGCUCCUCACUCCCCAAGAGCCCUCUAGUGCAGACAGGCAUGGGAAAAGUCAGGGCGAAGAUGCCAGGUUCAGCAUGGGAAAAUGGGACUGUGGAAAUAAAGCCUAUGUGUGGAGAGCCGGCUUCA